AAGUUUGGCUGUGGCGGCAAAUGGGCUUGGGCGGCUCCUUGGCGGGUGGUGGCGGUGGCCGUAGCGGUUCCUCUUGGCCCUGUUAAUGUCGGGGCCAGGCCCGGGGAGGAUGGCGCCCUAGAGCCCGGCCUUGCUGGGGUAGGGGCGGGAGGGGACGGGGUGGGGACCGGCCAUGUCGGAGGUGACCCGAAGUCUGCUGCAGCGCUGGGGCGCCAGUUUUAGGAGAGGCGCCGACUUCGACUCUUGGGGCCAGCUGGUGGAGGCGAUAGACGAGUAUCAGAUAUUAGCAAGACAUCUACAAAAAGAGGCCCAAGCUCAACACAAUAAUUCUGAGUUCACAGAAGAACAAAAGAAAACCAUAGGCAAAAUUGCAACAUGCUUGGAAUUACGAAGUGCAGCUUUACAGUCCACACAGUCCCAAGAAGAAUUUAAACUGGAGGAUCUGAAGAAGCUAGAACCAAUCCUAAAGAAUAUUCUUACAUAUAAUAAAGAAUUCCCAUUCGAUGUUCAGCCUGUCCCCUUAAGAAGGAUUUUAGCACCUGGUGAAGAAGAAAAUUUGGAAUUUGAAGAAGAUGAAGAAGAGGGUGGUGCUGGAGCAGGGUCUCCUGAUGCCUUCCCUGCUAGAGUUCCCGGUACUUUAUUACCAAGGUUGCCAUCAGAACCAGGAAUGACAUUACUCACUAUCAGAAUUGAGAAAAUUGGCCUGAAAGAUGCUGGGCAAUGCAUUGAUCCGUAUAUCACAGUUAGUGUAAAAGAUCUGAAUGGCAUAGAUUUAACUCCUGUGCAGGAUACUCCCGUGGCUUCAAGAAAAGAAGAUACGUAUGUUCAUUUUAAUGUGGACAUUGAGCUCCAGAAGCAUGUUGAAAAAUUAACCAAAGGUGCAGCUAUUUUCUUUGAAUUCAAACACUACAAGCCUAAGAAAAGGUUUACCAGCACCAAGUGUUUUGCUUUCAUGGAGAUGGAUGAAAUUAAACCUGGGCCAAUUGUAAUAGAACUAUACAAGAAACCCACUGACUUUAAAAGAAAGAAAUUGCAAUUAUUGACCAAGAAACCACUUUAUCUUCAUCUGCAUCAAACUUUGCACAAGGAAUGAUCCUGACAUGAAUACCCUGGAACUUCUGUGAAUCUUAGCACUCAGUAGAAACCAUCCUAGCUCUGUGUAGCACAUUCGCCCUUCAACAGGCAGGAAGCGAGCCGUACCCAGGCCAGCAGGCCAGAGUGAGUCCAUUACAAAGCUGUAGCACAGAAUUCAAAGUCCAGCACGUCACUGAUGUACAAGACUCCUUUGGAUACAGGCUUAUUGUAGAUCUUGAAACGUUUUCACUUUUCUAUUAAUUGUGCAAUGAAUAGCCUCUUUUCUAAUUUGCCACUCCUCCUGCCCUGCUUCCUGGAACGACACUGUUGUGGGUGGAAUGUGCUCACCGUCACACUUAAUACAGCAAUAAGAGUGUGCUAGCGUUUACACACCUGUCCACUUCUGCUCCAAUAUGCUCUUCGGUUUUUCGAGUUAAUGUCAAACUUUGGGUUGAUGUGGGUAGGAUAGUAUGAAACUGCUUUGAGAGGAAUUGGACCAAUUAUGCUGCCCAAGGUCAGUCUGGAAAUGUAUAGGCUGCUCCUCGGAGACGGCCUUGAUUCACCCUUGAUCUCAUGGUUCUCCUGCUUAGAAAUAGUGUGCCUUGGCCAAAUCAGUAUCCCAUAUGGGCGUGUUCGCAGGUGGUAGCUGUGAUUUUUCCAGAUGACCGGAUCGUUUUUCUGAAAGUGAGCAUAUUUUUAGUCAUGUUGAUUAGCUUCUUUCUACAUCACAUCAUUACUCUUUCUGAUGGUGAUUCUGGGGUUAGUGAUGGAACCAUCUCAGAAUAAUUACAAAUUCUUGGUGGGUUUAUAAUGUCUUCUAAGUAGUGUAAUCUAAAAAUAAUUUGAGUCAGAUGCUAACAAGAUACUGCAGGAAUAACUGCUGUUUUUCUGACAACUGAUUGUGAAACCUUAAAACCUGCAUACCUCUUCUUAUAGUGAUGAGUAUGCAAAUCUGGAGAUAUUCUAUUUUUUUUUAUAUAGGUAGAUAGGAUUGCCAUUUAUUUCCUAUGUAGAUAUACUGACAUUCAUCCAUAUGGAAAUAUGCAGGUCAUUAGCUUUUUAUAAUUUGACUAUUUAGAUUCUUUUGACUUAAUAAUGGGGCAUAAAUAAAACUUUCAUAGAACACACGAGGUGGAUAUUUGAUACACAGAACAUUUAAGAUUUGGGGUGGGCAUUCUGUGGGUUAGAUGUGGAGCCCACAUAUUUAAUAUUCACUAUUUUAAAUGACCAAUGCUAGCAUGAGGGGAAUGCAGUGCCAGUACUUGGCCUAUUUUUAAACUCGUGUAAUAAGCCUAGUCAAUACAGUUCAGUAUGUUUGCUUUUUAAAAUAAGUAACCACAAUUAAGUUCUAGCCCUUGCACUUCAAGAGAUCUAGUCUCCACUUUCAGUUGUUAGGUCAGUUCUGUUUACUAUGAUGGAUGUUAAAAAACUAUGAGCCUGAAGAAUUCUCAACCCAAUUUAGUCUUGCCUCCCUCUUGAUUAGUUUAAUUCCAGAUGAUUCCAUCCACAGUAGCUUGAGGGGAUGAGGAAUUUGCCUUAAUAAAUUACUUUGUUGUUCACUCAACUCUUAGACUGUGAGUUGUCAGCCCCGCGCCCUGCCCCCCCAGACUGUAAGCUCCUCAGGGGGCAAGAACCACGUUCUCCAUGUCACGUACAUUUUCUGAGGUGCUUGGCAGCGCUCUGUACCCUGUGGAGUACUCAGUACCUUUUGUUUGAUGUUGCUGACAAGACCUAAAAAUAAUCCCUUAAAAAACCUACCAUUAAAAUGUAGCAAAACUGA